CCAAGCUCUUGAGCAGUUGAGGGAGAGAACUAAAGUGUGACCAAAAAAAAAAAAGAUGGGAAGAGAGUCUCAAUUUUCUAAGAAGUUGAAACUCCUCAUAACCGUAUUUUUGCUUCACUUGUGCUAUGCAGGAUCUCACAUAGUGUCAAGAGUGGCGCUAAACAUGGGGAUAAGCAAACUCCUACUCCUUGUCUACAGAAAUAUCAUUGCUGUAGUUUUGCUGGCUCCCUUUGCCUAUUUUCUAGAGAAGAAUGACAGGCCACCUCUUACCUUCUCGAUCCUAAUUGAGUUGUUUCUUCUUGCGCUUUGUGGAAUUGCAGCUAACCAAGGGUCUUACAUACUGGGUUUGUACUACUUGUCUCCAACAUAUGUAUCUGCAAUACAAAAUUCAACUCCAGCGAUCACAUUUGCCAUGGCUGCAGCCUUAAGGCUUGAACAAUUGAAUAUUAAGAAGAGGUAUGGCAUUGCAAAAGUGAUGGGAACUGCAGUUUGUAUUAGUGGAGCAACCAUCUUAACCUUGUAUAAGGGUUCUCCUCUUCUUAAAAACCACCUAAACCUCACAGUAUUGGGAAAAUCCUUCAUCUCUUCAAGCCAGAUAAUGCAUUGGACCUUAGGCUGUGUCUAUAUUCUACUGAACUGCGUUGCUUGGUCUGGUUGGAUGGUUUUCCAGGUACCGGUGCUCAAGCACUACCCAGCUAGGCUCUCAGUAACGACACUCACAUGCUUUUUUGGUGUAAUACAGUUUAUUGUCAUAGCAGCAUUCACUGAAAGGGAUGUUGAGAGGUGGAAGAUCCAUUCAGGAGAAGAGCUCCUUGCCGUUCUUUAUGCGGGCCUAGUUGGUUCAGGGAUUACCUUCUCUCUUCAGACUUGGUGCAUUGAUAGGGCAGGCCCACUAAUCGUUGCUAUUUUCCAACCAGUACAGACUGUCUUGGUGGCCAUCCUCGCAGCCAUUAUACUUGGAGAUCAAUUGUACUCUGGAGGGCUUAUAGGGUUCAUAAUUAUAAUGGUGGGGCUUUAUUCUGUACUGUGGGGGAAGAAUGAGGAGAACAAAGUUGGAAAACUGGAAACAGAGGAUCUCACAAACCACCUUCUUGAACAGCAAUAAAAGUCUGAGAAAGUCAAGACAUGAAGGCAUUAAGACAUUAUUCUUGUGACAUUUUAUUAUCAAUAGCUUUCUAUUAAUGUUAUCAUAAGAACAUGCACUGAAUAUCCAUGUUGAAUUUAUGAAGGGGGGGCGAGCAUGCAUGCAUAAAGCUAGCUAGAUAAAAUGAGCUUCCAUGAAGUUGAUAAUAUCUUAAUUUCAGCAUCAAGGACUCAUGCUUGGCCAUUAUUGCAUGAAAAAAUGAUAAAGUUAUUUACUUUCUAUGAUGCAUUAAUAUUUCAUAAUAAUAAAGCGUGUCA